GAGAGAGGAGCAGCACAGAGGAAGCGCUCGCCUGCUACCGAUACGCUUUGCGACUUCACAUCCCAACAGCAAAACAGAACAAGGAGUCAGCGGACGAACGCAACAAACAAACCUGGGAAAUUGUGGGAUUAAAUGAUUAUUUUUUUAAUGGAUUCCUCUGGAUAUUUCCUUCGUCGAAACAAGACUUCAUCAAAUUGACUUCAUAGCCACAGAAUCAUUACGCUGGUCACCCAAGAGGAGCCUGGAGGACUGGGAUAGAGAUGAAGACUCCCGAGGAGCCGCCCUACCUGACAGUGGGCACUGAUGUCAGCGCCAAGUACAGAGGGGCUUUCUGUGAGGCCAAGAUUAAGACUGCCAAGAGACUGGUCAAGGCCAAGGUGACCUUUAAACCAGACCUGACCACAGUGGAGGUCCAUGAUGACAGCAUCCAAGGCCCUCUGAAGGUUGGUGCUGUAGUAGAGGUGAAGAACCCUGAUGGAGUGUACCAGGAAGCCUCCAUCAACAAGCUGACAGACUGCAGUAUAUACACUGUUGUGUUUGAUGAUGGUGAUGAGAAGACACUGAGGCGUUCCUCUCUCUGCCUGAAAGGAGCACGUCACUUUGCAGAGAGCGAGACACUAGAUCGACUCCCUCUCACCAACCCUGAGCACUUCGGCACUCCUGUCAUCGGCAAGAAGGGGAACCGUGGACGCCGGUCCAAUCCAGUUCAGGAGGAGGAGCCAUCUUCAUCGUCCAGUGAAGAGGAGGAGGAGGAGAGUGACGGGAGACAGAAUGAAGAGCUGUAUGGGAAGGUGGUGUGUGUUGAGGGGGGUUCUGCCGCUACUGGAGACCGGAAGAACAAGGGCACGGCGUGGUACCCUGCACUGGUCAUCACCCCAGACUGCCAUGAAGAGGCCAUCAUAAAGAAAGACAGCAUUUUAAUCCGCUCCUUCAAGGAUGGUAAAUUUAACACUGUGCUGAGGAAGGACGUGAGAGUGAUGGACACAGACUCUCCUCCUAAAGCUGAUGUAGGGCUCAAGCCAGCGCUGGAUGAGGCUCUGGAGUUCGUGCAUCAGGCAGCAGUGCCCAGCUCCUGGAGGACAGAGGUGAAGGACGAGAGUUCCAGCAGUGAGGAAGAUGAUGACGAUGAUGAUGAUGAGGAAGAACAGGAGGAAGACGCCAGUGAAGAAGAGGAGGAGGAAGUGGAGCCCUUCCCCGAGGAGAGAGAGAAUUUCUUGCAGCAGCUGUACAAGUUCAUGGAGGACAGAGGAACCCCCAUUAACAAGAAACCAGUGCUGGGCUACAGGAACCUGGAUCUCUUCAAGCUCUACAGACUGGUGCAGAAACUGGGAGGCUUCCAUGAUAUUGAGAGCGGGUCCGUAUGGAAGACCGUCUACCAGGCUCUGGGUAUCCCUGUUCUUAACUCUGCCGCCGGCUACAACGUCAAAUGUGCUUACCGCAAGUACCUGUAUGGGUUUGAGGAAUACUGCACCUCCUGCAUCAUCACUUUCCGUAUGGACCUUCCCCUGAAGCAGCCCAAGGCGGAGGGGGAGAGUGGGGAGGCAUGGUCAGGGGGAGCCACUACCGUCCCUCCUGUAGCCUCCUCCAGCUGCGGAGAGGAACAGAAGCAGAAAGUAUCUCACUGUGAGAAACCCUCAGCGGGCUCAGAGACCAGCAGCGCUCAGCCUAACAUCUACAAGGAGGAGAAGACCAGGGACAAACCUGAGGCAGAACCUCUGAAGCCUGUGCAGAGGAUGGCUGAGAGGGAAGGUGAUGAUGACAAUGAGGAAGAAGAUGAUUAUCACAAGCAUGAAUCUGAUGAUGAAGACGGGCCUUCAUUUGCUUGCCUCAGAGUGGAGGGAGUGAAUCUGGAACCUUACGAUGAGGAGCAGGAGGCUGGGAAGGAGGAGGACCUCUCUGGGGAUGAGAGCUCCAGUCAGGAGGGCGAUGGUGGUGAUGAUGAGGAUCUGGGGGAGGAAGGGGAGGAGUUUGAGUGUUACCCCCCGGGGAUGACGGUGCAGGUGAGGUAUGGGCGCGGUCGCAGCCUGAAGACGUACCAGGCCACUGUGAAAGAGGCUGACCUGGAGGGUGGAGAGGUGCUCUACCUGGUCCACUACUGUGGCUGGAACGUCAGAUAUGACGAGUGGGUCAAAGCCGACAAGAUUGUACGUCCGGCCAAUAAGAAUGUUCAGAAGAUCAAGCACCGCAAGAAAAUAAAGAACAAAGCGGAGAGAGAACGCGACCGCCUGGAACGACUGAACGCGGACCUGGGGAGUCCGUCCCCCAACAACCUACGUGUCCCCCGCCCUUCCUCCAAACUCCUCGGCCCUGGCUAUGGCUCAUGUCCCGGCUUGGCCCACGAGCGCCAUGUCUUCUCCAAGAUGGAGGACGUGUCUGCCAGUCACAAGCGUCAGAAGGAACAGCAGGCAGGUGGAGCAGCGAAGAAACCCAAACCAAACAGAAAGAGCUCAGUGCCUCCCAGGAAGAACAACAGGAAAACUGCCCACAGCAGUGACAGUGAAGACCAGUUAGUGGGUGAGUGUAUGGCUAAGUCUUCAGCCUCCAAGACCCAUGGUGCAGCAGACAUGAAGGGGUCCAUCUCGCCCAAGUGUCUCAGCCAGAGACAGGUUGAUGGACACACCCCUCCAUCCAGCCAUAAGUACCACAAGGAGCAGCAGCAUGGGGCCCACGACCGCCACCACCCUCACCACAGAGAGCACCAUGGCAGAACACCAUCCGUCUACAAGUGGAGCUUCCAGAUGUCGGACCUGGAGAAGAUGUGUAGUCUGGAGAGGAUCUCCUUCCUCCAGGAGAAGCUGCAGGACAUCAGGAACCACUACCUGUCUCUCAAGUCUGAGGUGGCCUCCAUCGACAGACGACGCAAACGCAUCAAGAAGAAAGAGAGAGAGAGUACAGUGGCUGCAUCUUCCUCUUCCUCGUCCCCGUCCUCCAGCUCUCUAACAGCAGCAGUGAUGUUGACGCUAGCCAACACUCCUGUGUCGUCCUCUUCCUCCUCUCAGAACUCUGUGGUGUCUGUAGAGUGUAGGUGACAGGACACCCCCUCACCCUCCCAACCUUCUGAGGCCCAGGACACCCCCUCACCCUCCCAACCUUCUGAGGCCCAGGACACCCCCUCACCCUCCCAACCUUCUGAGGCCCAGGACACCCCCUCACCCUCCCAACCUUCUGAGGCCCAGGACACCCCCUCACCCUCCCAACCUUCUGAGGCCCAGGACACCCUCCCAACCUUCUGAGGCCCAGGACACCCCUCACCCUCCCAACCUUCUGAGGCCCAGGACACCCCCUCACCCUCCCAACCUUCUGAGGCCCAGGACACCCCUCACCCUCCCAACCUUCUGAGGCCCAGGACACCCCCUCACCCUCCCAACCUUCUGAGGCCCAGGACACCCCUCACCCUCCCAACCUUCUGAGGCCCAGGACACCCCUCACCCUCCCAACCUUCUGAGGCCCAGGCCCGUCCACACCAACACCCUUCCAACAGAACAGCCAACCCACCCAGGGCCCGUCCACACCAACCUCCACCCAGGCCCGUCCACACCAACCUCCACCCAGGCCCGUCCACACCAACCUCCACCCAGGCCCCUCCACACCAACCUCCACCCAGGCCCGUCCACACCAACCUCCACCCAGGCCCGUCCACACCAACCUCCACCCAGGCCCGUCCACACCAACCUCCACCCAGGCCCGUCCACACCAACCUCCACCCAGGCCCGUCCACACCAACCUCCACCCAGGGCCCCUCCACACCAACCUCCACCCAGGCCCGUCCACACCAACCUCCACCCAGGCCCGUCCACACCAACCUCCACCCAGGCCCGUCCACACCAACCUCCACCCUGUAACUACAGCAGGGACCAGAGACGACAGAGAAACAAACAGGAGGACAGAGGACCAUUUUUAUAUCCACAGCUGUUUCCGUUGGCAAGCUAAGUGCACUCGUAUGAUGAUCGGCUGGAAGAAUACAAUGACAACAAAAAUAAUAAAAUAAUAAAAUAAAAUAAAUUGAUA